CCAAACUGUUCUCACCUUGCAGAAAGUGUAAGAAAUAUUCCAGAGCGGAGUAGAGGGUGAAGUCUGAGCCUGGGACCUGGUCAUUGGAGGAUAUUCUAAGCUCCUGAACACUGGCGAGGUGCUGAUGACGGGAGAUACGCUUCGGGAAAUGGGGACUAGAGGAGACGUGGAGAACGAGUCUCCCGUGGAUCUAGAAAUGGAAUCCCAGCCACACAAGAGAUUGUCCCAUUCGAUCGAAGAAAUUCUAAGGAGGCCCACGUACGUCAGAAAAGAGAAACGGGUUCAUCGUGACUGGUCCGUCAUCACAGAGAACACCACAAUAUCCAACCAGCUCACGCGAGUAGAAACCGCACAAAUCAGACAACUCGAAGAGCCUCCGAAAGUGACCACGGGAAGCUUAUGUCAGAGGAAGAAAAGGCAAACCAGGGUCACUUUCACGCCCUUCCAGGUGCAGGAGCUGGAGAAAGUCUUCGAGCACACGCACUACCCAGAAGUCAGCAGCAAGGACCAGUUGGCCUCUCGCCUGCACCUCUCCGAGGGCCGGAUACAGAUUUGGUUCCAGAACCGCAGAGCCAAAUGGAGGAAGGCCGAAACGUUGAAGGAUAUAGAACUGAUGAGCAGACGGCACAUGGCGCCAGCCAGUCGUCCCCUGCUUUAUUAUGAGCUCUUGCAGAAGGCGGCGUCCUGGCUGCCGGGCGGCUCACCCCAACCCCUUCAAUCGAGGCCCUUCCUCAGGGCGACAGGAGCACCCGGCGCGCCGACCAACACACAUUCCCCGGAUCACAGGACUCUGUAUCUUUACCCGCCGCAGACAGACAGAUAGCGACUUUUACUAGUCUUCUUAGAAAUGAUGACACCACUGUGUAUAAUUACAUCAAGUCGUUUGUAUUCCGGCUGAUCGACUCACAAAUGUCUUGCAUGAACUGUGUUGACAACAUGAACAACUGUAUGUUAAUGUUAACAACUGAACUUUUUUGGUUUUUAACACAAUUAAUGUGACUUUUAAUGCCCACUGACAGCAGUGGGUUAUUCUCAAUAAAGGACUUUGGGAUAAGUCUGUGCGGAUACACCCGAAUUGAGUCACAGUUUGAGGAAACCUGGUACAGUUCUUAGUAGAGAGCUGUGUUUUUGUGGGGAAAAAGCAUUUUGAUAUUGUCAUGACACCACACUUCCUUGUCAGAGAUAAGAUAAGGUUCUGCCAUGAACUUUUUAUCUGUUUGACUUUCUGACAACCUGUGCUUAUCUUAAUUUGGGCUGUAAAUCCGUGUUACUGGGAGGUCAGUUUGUGGAAAUUCAAGUGGGGAAUCAAAGUGGAAUAUCAGCUGAAGCUAUAGACAACUUAUAUGUGUCGGUGUUAUAAAUGUGUGUACAUAAU